GACUAUCCCUUCUCGAAUUGGGACUUGAUGUACCUUUUUUCAUUCUAAAUUCAAUCAAGCUCAAGCUUUAUCAUUUGGUUCCAUUGCCGGGAAUCGAAUGGCACCAACAACCCGGAGUAACCAAUCGGAAGGCAGGGGUGCAGAACCUGACCCCAUUGCCGUCCAGUUAGCCGCCAUCGUCGAGAGACUAGCCAUCAUGGAAUCCCUGAAAGACGACGUCGCCGCCCUCAAGUCUCAUGCUACAUCUUCUAGUAACAGCGGUUUUAAACGUGGUCAUAAAGAUCCUGCCGAUGAUGGUGAGUACUCUUGGAGAAACAAUCGUCCUUAUCGCCCUUAUAACAAGAUAGAUUUCCCUGUAUUUAGUGAUGGAGAUCCUAGAGGCUGGAUUCUAAAGGCAGAAAAGUAUUUCCGUUACUACAAUGUACCUGAAGAUGAAAAGGUGGAUAUCGCGGUCAUGUACUUGGAAGGAGACGCUUUANAACGUGGUCAUAAAGAUCCUGCCGAUGAUGGUGAGUACUCUUGGAGAAACAAUCGUCCUUAUCGCCCUUAUAACAAGAUAGAUUUCCCUGUAUUUAGUGAUGGAGAUCCUAGAGGCUGGAUUCUAAAGGCAGAAAAGUAUUUCCGUUACUACAAUGUACCUGAAGAUGAAAAGGUGGAUAUCGCGGUCAUGUACUUGGAAGGAGACGCUUUAGACCUGUAUUCAUGGCUAAAUGCGGACCAGGGUAUCAUCUACUGGGAAGAUCUGGUUCAGGCAUUACAAAAGAAUUUUGGUCCUGCUGAAUAUCAAAAUCCAGAUGAGUACUUGUGCAAUAUCAAGCAGACCGGAUCCGUCCAAGAAUACAGACAGGAAUUCGCCAAACGAUCUGCUCGCGUUUCCAAUUGGCCAGAUAACUGCCUGCUAUGGGUCUUUCUGAAUGGACUCAAGGAGGAGUUAAAGGCGGAUGUCCGGAUUCAUAAGCCUAGGACAGUGUACAAUGCGAUGAGCCUAGCCCUUGAAUUUGAAUCUAAGAUUGGAUGUUCUCGUUCAGGAAGAGGAACUGCUUCUGUUGGCAGUUCCAAAACUCCCUCACAACAAAACCCUCCCAAUAAUCCUCCACCUGUUCCUCAAAAGAAUCCUCCUUUACGCAUUUCUGAUACUGAGAAACAGACACGCUUCCUAAGGGGCGAAUGUUUUUGAUGUGGUGACAAGUAUAGUCCUGGACACCGAUGUAAAACAGGGACUUUCAAAUUACUAGACGCGACGGAGGAAAAGGAUGAUUCCGUACAAGUUGUGGGAGAAGAAGAGGCUAUUUCCCAGGAAGAUCUAGCGGAAAUUAGUCUACACGCCAUCUUGGGCAAAUCACACACCACUACAAUGAAGCUACAUGGAACUA